AUGGGCUUUGCAUGCGCCCCGCGCGAGACGCCGUUCCUCGCUCUCGACUAUGCCGACGCAGGGACUCUGGGAGAUUUGUUGAUCGGGGAUCAGAGGGGCGAGAGCCGCUCCCUCGGCGUGCAGAUUGCAAGAGCAAUGUCGUACCUGCACACGCGAUCUCCCCCCAUCGUGCACCUUGACCUCAAGCCAUCGAACGUGCUGCUGUCGGCGCGCUCUGAGGGGCUUGUCGCUAAGCUGUGUGACUUUGGGCAGGCGAGGCGACUAGCCGUUGGGGCGCAGCUCUCGCACUCAGGCACGCCGGGUUGGCGGGCGCCCGAGCAGGUGCGGGUGGCCCGCGACUUUGCAGUCGUGCCGCUUUCGCGUGGCACCGACGCCUGGUCGCUAGGGUGUGUCCUGGCUGCGCUCGAGGCGCCGUCGGGCGUCUGCGACCCGUACCACUUCGCCACGGGCGACGCGCCAGGCAAGUGCGACUCGCGCCUCCGACACGAGCUCGACGCAAUCGUCGCGAACGGCUUCACCCGCCCGUGUGUGCCCGAUGAAAGCCGGCUUGCAGGUGUGGUCAGCGCGUGUACGCACGCCCUGCCUAGCGAGCGAGCGACGUGCGCGUGGGUGCGCGCCGAGCUCGAGCAGCUUCUGCUGCAGCCGUGA